GUCAAAGGCGUUAUGAAACAUACCUCACAACAGAUGGAGGAUUCGAGCUUCCAAUAUGUGCACGUGACACGUUCAACAGCUCUGCUCUGAAUGUAAAUAGUGUUACAGUAGACAGGGAAAUCAUCUGAUCGAAGGAGUUGAAGGUUUGAAUACACCAUGGCAUUGAGAACAGCUUUUUCACGCCUGCUGGUGACCUCACAGAGAUGUUGUCUGAUUUCUGUGUCAAGGGCCCAGGGCUCUUCAGCCCCUGCAGCUCACGAGAAGCAAGCGAAAAAAACAGCGAAAACACCUAAGGUGCAGUUUAACUGGCAUGAUGCGUUGGAUCUGGAAGGACAGCUCACAGAGGACGAGAUCAUGAUCAGAGACAGUUUCCGCACAUACUGCCAGGAGAAGCUCAUGCCCCGUAUCCUCAUGGCCAACAGGAAUGAACAUUUCCAUCGAGAGAUUUUAAACGAGAUGGGAGAGCUUGGUGUCCUUGGGCCCACGAUUCAAGGAUAUGGCUGUGCGGGGACUAGUUACGUGGCAUACGGUCUGAUCGCCAGGGAGGUGGAGAGAGUGGACAGUGGCUACCGUUCAGUUAUGAGUGUCCAGUCCUCACUAGUCAUGCAUCCUAUCAACGCAUAUGGAACAGAAGCACAGAAACAGAAAUACCUGCCAAAACUGGCUCGUGGAGAGAUUCUGGGCUGUUUUGGACUUACAGAACCAAACCAUGGCAGUGACCCUGGUGGCAUGGAGACCAAAGCCAAAUACAACCCCUCCAGCAGGACAUAUACCAUCAGUGGGGCAAAAACAUGGAUCACCAACUCCCCGUACGCUGAUAUCUGUGUGGUGUGGGCCAAAUGUGAGGAUGGCAGAGUGAGAGGGUUCAUCCUGGAGAGAGGAAUGAAUGGCCUGAGCACCCCUAAGAUAGAGGGCAAGUUCUCCCUCAGGGCCUCGGCCACCGGGAUGAUCCUGAUGGACGAGGUGGAAGUGCCAGAGGAAAACCUGCUGCCCCAUGUGUCUGGCCUUGCUGGUCCCUUUGGCUGCCUGAAUAACGCCCGUUAUGGCAUCGCGUGGGGCUCUCUGGGUGCUGCAGAAUUUUGUUUCCACGCUGCCCGUCAGUACACUCUGGACAGAAUCCAGUUCGGAGUCCCUUUGGCCAGAAACCAGCUGAUCCAGAAGAAGAUGGCAGACAUGCUGACAGAGAUUACACUCGGCCUGCAGUCCUGUUUACAGCUGGGCAGACUCAUCGACCAGAAGAAAUACAAUCCAGAGAUGAUCUCCAUGCUGAAACGAAACUCAUGUGGGAAAGCCCUGGACAUCGCCCGGCAGGCCAGAGACAUGCUGGGAGGAAACGGCAUAGCAGACGAGUACCACGUCAUACGCCAUGUCUUGAACCUAGAGGCCGUCAACACAUAUGAAGGCACGCAUGACAUCCAUGCUUUGAUCUUGGGCAGAGCCAUCACUGGACUCCAGUCUUUUACUGUUGGAAAAUAAACCCAUGUUCUCACUCAACAAGGUUGGAAUGGGAUAUAUUUACUGGACAUCCAUCCAUAAGUGCCUCUGUGUGGCCUCGAAUCUUUCUGUGGAUCUUAAAUCUGUGUGGACAAAUCUUCUACAGGAUCUUCUCUCUAUAGGUUACUGGAUUGACAUUAAUUAAAAUGUCACGUUACGAAGACCGUUGCAUUAUGAAACCAUGAAUGAUCUUGUAAGGUUAAUUAUUCAAAGUCAUUGAUCCAUAUUCUUCACUGGUACAAUGAUCAUAAGAACUUAAUAAUGAAAGAGAAUUCAUAGUGGUUUCAAAAUACUGUUGAAAACAGGGUUUUCGUCAAGGAUGCCAAACAUCCUGCUGCACUUUAGACUCGCUGUCUUGAUCGUUGUCAGUGACUCUUGUAAAUCGUGUCAUUUAUUGAAUCCUGAAAAUAAAUGAAAUGUCUGUGCAUUCAUUCAGAAU